AUGAAUCCUAAAGAAAGAACACAACUGAUCUCAGAGUUCAGAAUAUUGAGUGAAUUGAACCAUCCAAAUAUUGUCCAGUAUGUUCAUCAUGCUCAUAUUCCAGAACAGCACAUGCUUUAUCUCUAUAUGGAGUAUUGUGAUGGUGGUGAUUUAUCAUAUAUUAUUAAAAACUAUAGAAACUCCAAUGAAUAUUUACCAGAAGGUAUCAUUUGGAAUAUAUUUACACAGAUUCUUAUGGCGCUUUAUCGUUGUCACUAUGGAGUGAAUUCACCAAUCGUCAAGAACAUUUAUGAAGAGAUGGAAUUCCCAACAAUCACAGACACUACAAAAAUAGUCAUACAUAGAGAUAUUAAACCUGACAAUAUAUUCUUAUCUGAUGGGAAAUUCAAAUUAGGUGAUUUUGGUUUGGCAAAAUCGUUAGAGCAUGAGAUCGAAUUCGCUACAACAUGUGUUGGUACGCCUUACUACAUGUCACCAGAAAUUUUGUUAGAUCAACCUUAUACUCCACUUUGUGAUAUUUGGUCUUUAGGUUGUGUUAUUUAUGAAUUAUGUGCAUUACAUCCACCAUUCCAAGCCAAAACUCAUUUACAAUUACAAAAAAAAAUACAAGAAGGAAUUUAUCCAGAUAUUCCUGAACAUUAUUCAGCAUCUCUAAGAAGAAUUAUAAGUUACUGUAUUCAAGUUGAUAUAAACCAGAGAUUACCAACAUUUGAACUUCUACAACACCUAAAUUUUAAAAUCCAAAUGAAAGAUUUGCAGUUGAAUAAUUAUGAAUUAAAUUUAAAGAAAUUUGAAGAUGAAUUAAUGUUGAAAGAAAAUGAAUUAAUAAGAGCAAAGCAAAGUCUAAGUGAAGAGUUAAACUAUCAAAGAAAAUUAAUUGAACAAGAAGUUGAAGAAAUCAGAAUCAAUUAUCAAAAUGAGUUUCAAUAUGUUGUUGAAAAAGAAGUAAGAUCAAGAUUAAAACAAAUGCAAAUUGGAUCUACACCAAAGUCGAAAACACCAAUGGCACAACAAACAUUAAGUUGUCAUCCAUCACCUUCGGAUUUCUCGAUGGUAACAUCACCAGGAACCCCAGCUGGUGCUAAGGUUUUAAAAGGUCCAAGAGAAUUAGAAACACCAUCACAUAGUAGAUUACCAUUAACUCAGAUCCUAGAUAAUGAUCCACCAAUAAGUAAAAAAUAUACCAAACCAACUAAUAGUGGAUAUGCACCACCUUCAUCAUCAAAAAAAUCGAACGGCUUGAUUGCCAAAAAUGCAAAAUUAUUUGAAGGUGCUUUUAAUGAUAAUAAUGAUGUUGGUCCAUUUCAAACCAAGUAUAAUAAUAACUGGUUCUAA